UGAAGGUAAGUGAUAAUGAAAGUAAGUGACAGUGAGGAUGGUGUUCACACAGAGCUGCACGAGGUGAGUGAGCUCCUGUCAUGUGAGGUGUCGUGGUUGAAGGCAGCACUGCAGUCCAGAACGGUGGAGGCUCGUGGUGAGACUGUCAUGGCAGAACUCUCUGCACUGGAGGCUACACGCACUAGAGACGCACUCUGUCGUGCACUCUACAACAGACUCUUCACCUGGGUGGUUGCCAGGCUCAACGAAGCAAUAAAGGUGAAGACAAUGGGGCGUAGGAAAGUUUUGGGAAUCCUCGAUAUUUUCGGGUUUGAGAUCCUUGAAACCAACAGCUUUGAGCAACUCAUUAUCAACUUCUGCAAUGAGAAACUUCACCAGGUUCUGACGGAAGUGACUCUGAAGCAGACACAAGAAGACUACCUCAGGGAAGGCAUUGACUGGACACCCAUUGAUAUACCCACCAAUAAUGCAGUAGUUGACCUAAUAGAACAGAGACAGACAGGGGUGCUGGCUGUGAUUGAGGAGGUGAGCAGCCGUGUAGGUGGAGGUACAGAUGCACUUAUGCAACAACUCUCCUUCUCCUGUGGUGGACAUCUCUCUUUGACAUCAAAGGUGCCCGCCACGCUCACUCAGACAAUAAUAUCCCCACCGACUCCUUCAGAAUUCGGCACUAUGCUGGCUCUGUCACUUAUAGCGUCUACGGGUUUAUUGAGAAGAACUGUGAUGCCCUGCACAGGGACUUGACGAGAGCCAUGUACCGUUGUAAGCAUCGUAUCCUAAAGGAACUCUUUCCCGAGGGUGAGUUCUGCUCUCA